CUUCAUUUCUCUCCAACUAAAAUCCCUUUUCUCUCUUACUCUCUUUUUCUCUUUAAUUAUAAGCUAAUGGAAGCCAUUCUGAUCAAGAAGCAACGCCAACGCCCUCAUCUCUUGCCCACCUCCGCUCGCCCCUCCUCCAUGGCUCUUCACUCAGCUUCCCACCCCAUUUCCAAGCCCAAGCCCAAAAUUCGCAUCAUUCACAUCUUCGCACCGGAGAUCAUUAAAACCGACGUCGCCAAUUUCAGAGAGCUCGUUCAGAGGCUCACCGGAAAGCCAGAAGCAACGGAGGACGGCAAGAUUCUUCCCCCUGAAAUUCCGCCUGCGGCUGCGUUCGAUAAUCGGAAGACGGAGAUAGUCAGCGGCGUGGGGUGCCGGAGAAGAAUGGUGAAGAAGGAAGACGAGUAUCAAGAAGAAGACGAAGAAGAAGAAGAAGACGAAGAAGAAGAAGAGAUGUUAGAGGACGUGGUUGGGAUGUGGAACGACGUCGUCGGAUUUGAAGGGUUUAUCCAAGAAUUGGGUGAAUUCCCGUUGAUUCCUUCGGCUCAUCAAAUAAUGCAUGGUUUUGAAGAGACUCAAUUUGCUUAAUUUCUUCUUCUUCUUCUUCUUCUUCUUCUUCUUUUUACCCUUUUUUGAUUUCUUACUAAUUAGUCUCCAAUUUUCUGUGGUUAAUUAUUAUAAUUACCGUAACUAAUUACCAUUUGGGUUUUUUUUUUUCCCCCUUUAAUCAUUUAAAUAAUUUGUUCCUUUUUUUUUUUUGUAUUAAAUGGUUUGUUUAUGUGGGAAAAUAUAUACUUUAUUUUUUCUUUUUUCACAAUUUUUAGUCUAGGCUUGUUUAACUCAUUAUUAAUUCCCCUUUUCCCUUUUUCAUUUUGGUCCCUUAAUGAUCUCUGAAUUUCUUCUUUAUUGAUUUCA